UGCACCAUCUUUGGCCGGUGGCUCGGCGCAGUGGAUUGUGGGUAAGACGUCAGUCCGCCGCCAUAUCUGUCUUUCUGUGCCGGCUGAAGGAGAGAGUUAGGAGUCAUGAGAGGAAUCCGCUCUCUGAACAACUUACCGAAACGUUGCUAUGCUGCCGCCAGGAGGAGCGAAUCUCUGACCGAACCCCUCGCCCUCCAGAAACCCUCCACAGCUGCACCUCCAGCUCCUCAAAAUGUCCAGGUGUCCAAGCUCCCAAACGGUCUAGUGGUAGCGUCGCUGGAGAACUACUCCCCCCUGUCGAGUGUCGGUUUGUUUGUGAAGUCUGGGAGUCGCUAUGAGACUCUGGAGAACCAGGGAGUCUCUCACGUCUUACGACUGGCAGCAAACCUGACGACAAAGGGAGCGUCUGCCUUCAAGAUCUGCCGUGGUGUGGAGGUGAUCGGGGGCAGCCUGAGCGUGACGUCGUCCAGAGAGAGCAUGGUCUACACGGCAGACUGUCUGAGAAGCGACCUAGACUCGUUAUUGGAGUUUCUGGUCAACGUGACCACGGCUCAGGAGUUCCGGCCGUGGGAGGUGCACGACCUGACGCCCAGGGUGAACAUUGACAAGGCUCUGGCUCAACAGUGUCCUCAGAUAGGUAUAAUUGAGAAGUUGCAUGAAGCAGCGUACAAAAACGCCCUUUCCAACUCCCUGUACUGCCCUGACUUCAUGGUCGGCCGGAUCUCCCCUGAGCAGCUGCAGUCGUUUGUUGAGGACACUUACACUACCGGCAGAAUGGCUCUUGUAGGUUUAGGUGUCAAACACUCCGUCUUGAGGCAGGUGGGCGAGACGCUGCUGAGUGUCCGCAGCGGCGCCGGAGCUCCUGUGGCUAAAUCUGUGUACCGUGGAGGUGAGCUGCGAGUCCAGAGCAACGACGACCUGGUCCACGCCCUGGUGGCCAGCGAGGGCGGCGUGGCAGGUAGCGCCGAGGCUAAUGCCUUCACUGUGCUGCAAAGGAUCCUGGGAGCUGGUCCACAUGUAAAGAGGGGCUCCAGCAUCAGCAGCAAACUGAGCCAGGGUAUUGCCAAAGCUACCGCACAGCCCUUUGAUGCCACCGCCUUCAACGCCUCGUACUCCGACUCCGGCUUGUUCGGCGUCUACACCAUCGCACAAGCCGACUCUGCAGGAGAGGUGAUCAAAGCUGCCAUUGCUCAGGUGAGCGGCGUGGUGGAGGGAGGCGUGUCAGCGGCCGACGUCACCAGAGCAAAGAACCAGGUGAAAGCCGAGUACCUGAUGUCCAUGGAGAGCUCUGAGGGCCUGUUGGAGGAGAUCGGUGCUCAAGCUCUGGCCACUGGAACGUACCAGGUCCCUGACGCCGUCCUCCAGGCCGUAGACGCCGUCACCCAGGACGACGUGGUCAAGGCUGCGAAAAAAUUUGUGUCUGGCAAGAAGACGAUGGCAGCAAGUGGACACCUCGUUAAUACGCCGUUUGUGGAUGAAGUAUGAAAGCAAAGUAUAAGAACAGUUUAUUUUAACUUGUCUCUGCUGUGUCUGGAUGUUUUAAAAAAAAAAAAAAAAGCAAAGAGGACCUCGGAGGCACAGCAGCAACUCAUCGGACGUCACCAAUCAUUUGUAGUCUGUCCUGCAGUUUGUCUCCACAAAACCUGAAGCUGCAGGUUCACACUGCAGCUUCCCUGUUGGCUUUCUGUCAAUUUAACUGUAUAUCUAUGUAAAUUAAAGAAAUACCAGUAAUA